AUGACUGUAUAUGCUAAUGGAGUUUCAGUGUUAAUGCCUGGAGAUAACAUCCCUACCUUUAUAGCACAUCCAGCACCGGUGCCUUGUCCGCCCAAACGCAUUUGCUGCCCUCAUCAACUUCAUAUAAAUUCAAUCUCAGAACCCUCUGCCAUCUCCGGUCCAAACCCGAGCUCGAGCUCAAGCUCAACCUCAAGUCAAGAAAACUAAGCAUCUCAAAGUGCUUGCUGUGACACAAACCAACAGUUACAGCUUCAAGCAAGCAUGAAUUUUCUUGGAUAGAGUUGCUUUUUUUUUUUUUACUUCUUACCCAUAUUAUGUUGUGUAUAUAUAUCAAUUCCUUGUUCAAAAUUUUCUUGAUAGAAUUGGAUCCUUAAAAGAUGUAUUGUUUUACCCAUCAAAUUGGAUCAGUCUACGUUGUAAGAAAUUGAGGAAUGUAAUUAUUGUUUGAGUAUGGGAAGAAGUUCAAGAGCCUUCUUUUUUUCA